CUUAAAUGAUUAGUGGCCGAUGGCGCGCAUAGAAGUGGAUACCGGUGAAUAUUAGUAAAGUAAGAUGUCGUACGCUGGGAUGGGACGUGUUUUUUACAUCGCGUGUUUUUCUCUCCUCUUGGGAGUUGUAAGUGCAAAUAAUCAACGAGUGGCAAAAGAAUCUUUGGUAGAACAGCUCGAUGAAGAGAAUUGGGAGCGUAUGCUUCAUGGAGAAUGGAUGGUGGAAUUUUAUGCUCCAUGGUGUCCAGCUUGUAGAUCUCUUGAGCCUGUAUGGGAACAUCUAGCAUCUUGGAAAGAAAAUCUAAAUAUAAACGUUGGCAAAGUAGAUGUAACUACUUCUCCAGGACUUAGUGGCCGCUUCAUGGUUACAGCUUUGCCUACUAUUUAUCAUGUAAUGGACGGUGUCUUCAGACAAUACAAGAGUCCAAGAGAUGAAGAUGCACUUAUUGAAUUUGUAUCAGAAAAAACUUGGAAGAAGAUUGAUCCUAUAUCCAAUUGGAAAAAUCCAACUUCCGUUCAUAUGUCUCUUCUUAGUCAAUUCUUUAAAUUGUCACAAAUAUUAAGGGGUGUUCAUAAUAAUCUUACGGAGGAUUUUGGAUUGCCAAUAUGGGCAAGUUACUUGAUCUUUGCUAUGACGACUGUUAUUCUAGGCGCUAUAUUGGGCAUAUCCAUCAUAUGCUUUAUUGACUUGAUAUGUCCACCUAAAUGUAUACAUCAAAGAAUGAAAAAACAACAGGAUGAAAGCGGUACGGUUGCGCAAGAAAAAAGUUCUGCAGAUGAUGAAAUCGUCGAAAAUGUAAAAGAUGAUUUAAUAGACGAAGAAGGUUCAGAAUCGGAGGAAAUAACUGAAACAAGCAGUAAAGAAAAGGAUUCCAAAGCAGAUACCAGCAGUCCGAACGUUCGUAAGCGUAAGCCACGUAAAGCUGACUAGAGAUAUUAAUUUGUUAAAUGUAAAUAAUUCAUGGUCUCAGAAAAUUGCGCAGAUGACAUUUAUGCAUUUGUUGUUGUAAUCCACAUUUACGAAUCGAAGUGCUGUUUCACUCAAUGUAAAGUGGCUAUCUUGCACUUUACAUUACUCUCGUUAAAAAAUUUAACAAGUAUUCAAAUAAGUAUGGCAAAUUUCUAAGAAAUAAAUUAAUGAUUAUUAUAUAUUCAUUUUGAUAAAAGUAAAACCAUAAAUCGUUUUCGUAAAUUUUCUAUUUGUAUUGAAUUCGGAUAAUUUUUGUUAUUUCUUUAUCCUGUUAUUCGAUGUUAACAGAUACUAAUCAGAAAAUUGUUAUUUUAUUCGACACUAUAAUGAUUAUUACUUAUACGAGUAUUUAAAUAUUUCAUAUUGAAUUAUUACUUACACGAGAACAUUACUUGUCUUAAGAACAAAGAACUUAUCGGUUAUAUCAUAUCGCUAUUAGUUUAAUAUCUUUUUCGUUUUGUCUUUUUUUUUAUUGGGAUGUUAUCUAUUUACGUUAUUUUAAUUUUAUUUAAUCUUAAAUAUUUGAAAGAAAUUAUAUCAGUAUUUUCUCCAUCAAUUAAUUUUUUUAUGCAAAUAAAGAAAAUGUUGAAAGUUUAGGAAAUCUUAAUAGUAUCUAGUGUGACGCGUAAAGGCUUACACAUUUACGUUGCUUUGUAACCGAUCGGUCUCGCAAGGUCUACCAUUUAAGAAGUUUCCUUUUUACUUCUACGAUCCAUAACGCUCAAUUAUGAUAUUAUUCGAUGCUAAAUCGAACGAUAUAAUUUUAAGUAACUAAUUAUAAUUCACUCGGAGAUUGUAUUUCUAUGUGAAACAAAAACAAAUUCAUAGUUUUUAUGCAUUUACAUACAAACGUUAAGUUAAAGACUCGUAUAGAAAGUAAGAUAGCAGGAUUACCGCAAUAUAUUAAGAACCAAUCGUAACAUUAUGUAAGUCUCUUUUAUUUUUAAAUAUUUAUGUAAAAUAUUUAAUAUAGAAUAACAAGAGUGUAGCAAAACAUAUACAAAGAACUAUAUUACUCAGGACAAGGUUAAAAUAUACGUUUAUAAAUAACCGGCAUGUUUGUAACAUUUACGAAAUUCUCGUCUUUUUUUUAACGAUCUCCAUGAGACUAUUGCUCUAUAUAAUGUGGCAGUCUAUCUAAAAAUUGUUAUUUAGCAUAUAAUCAUUAAUAUUUAUCUCGUUCACACGUAAACUCUGAAAUGAAAAGAUACGAAUGCGAUAGUAGUAACAUCAAAAUGAUACCGUAUCGCUUUCUAGUUAUCUGUAAAUAUCUACGACUACACGUAAAUGUAUACGAGCGUAUAAUUUGUGAUCUUUCGCAUUCUACCGUUUCUUCGACAACGCAUUGACAUUUUCUACGUUUGUUAACGUUUAAAUCAAUGCGCGAAAGUCCGUUUUCCAUCAACAUUCCCAUGCAAAAUACCAUGGUACAUACACAUACGCUUUUAACCAAAAUGUUCGUGUCUUCGUUAUCGAGAUAAUAAGAUAAGUACGUUACAACGGGAAUAAGGACUAAUUAUGUAACGUUGACUUCCUAAUAAACGCAUUUAAGAGAGUAAUAAAAGUA